CCUAUCAGAAGGGGGUUGACAGAGGGCGCCAAUCAGCAUGGCUCUUAGGGCGAGCGGCUGGAUUUUUGAAUCGGCCGCGGCCGCCUCCCUCGAGCCAUGGCGGCGCCGGUGAGCGGAGCGAGUGUGUGAGGCGAACAGCCGAGGACCGCGCCGGAGCGGCUGUCUUUACAUCUCAGCGUGGUGGGACUGCGGCCUCCAAAAAAUAGUACAGACAAUGGCUGACAACAGUGUAUUAACAUCUCCUACUGAGAUAACAAGCUUGGCAGAUUCUUCCAUCUUUGAUUCUAAAGUUACUGAAACUUCCAAGGAAAACUUGUGCCUGGCAUCUACUUCAAAUGUUGACGAAGAGAUGCCUCAGGUUGAAACAAGAUUGAUACUGGUCCAGGAAGCUGGGAAACAAGAAGAGCUUUUAAAGGCUGUAAAGACUAUUAAAAUAAUGGAAGUCCCUGUUAUAAAGAUAAAAGAAAGUUGUCCUGGAAAAUCGGAUGAAAAGUUAAUAAAAAGUGUUAUUAAUAUGGAAAUUAAAGUGCCCUGUGGAAAGAUGGACUCAGUGGAAGAAUUUGGAGAUUUGGAUUCCCCAGAAUUUGAGAAUGUAUUUGUAGUCGCUGACUUCCAGAGUUCUGUCUUCAAUGACUUACGCAGGACUGACUAUAGAAUUGUUGGACCACCAGUUAUACUCAACUGUGCACAAAAGGGAGAGCCCCUGCCGUUCUCCUGUCGGCCACUGUACUGUACGAGCAUGCUGAACCUGGUGCUGUGCUUUACUGGAUUCAGGAAGAAGGAGGAGCUCGUCAAAUUGGUGACAUUGGUUCAUCACAUGGGUGGAGUUAUUCGAAAAGAAUGUAAUUCGAAAGUAACACAUCUGGUGGCAAAUUGCACACAAGGAGAAAAAUUCAGGGUUGCUGUGAGCCUGGGUACUCCAAUUAUGAAGCCAGAAUGGAUUUAUAAAGCAUGGGAAAGACGGAAUGAGCAAUGUUUCUGCGCAGCAGUCGAUGACUUUAGAAAUGAAUUUAAAGUUCCCCCAUUUCAAGAUUGCAUUUUAAGUUUCCUGGGAUUUUCAGAUGAAGAGAAAAACAGUAUGGAAGAAAUGACUGAAAUGCAAGGAGGUAGCUAUUUACCAGUUGGGGAUGAAAGGUGCACUCACCUUAUUGUUGAAGAGAAUACAGUAAAGGAACUUCCAUUUGAGCCCUCAAAGAAACUUUUUGUUGUCAAGCAAGAGUGGUUCUGGGGAAGCAUUCAGAUGGAUGCUCGUGCUGGAGAAACUAUGUAUUUGUAUGAAAAGACUAACACUCCUGAGCUCAAGAAGUCAGUGUCUCUGCUUUCUCUAAGCACUCCAAACAGCAACCGCAAACGGCGCAGACUGAGAGAAACACUGGCCCAGCUCUCCAGAGAGACUGACCUCUCCCCGUUCCCUCCCCGGAAGCGGCCCUCGGCUGAGCACUCCCUUUCUAUUGGCUCCCUCCUGGACAUUUCCAACACACCCGAGUCCAGCAUUCACUAUGGAGAAACACCCAAGUCGUGUACUAAGUCUUCUAGAAGUUCUACUCCAGUUCCUCCGAAGCAGUCAGCCAGGUGGCAGGUGGCCAAAGAACUCUAUCAGACUGAGAGCAAUUACGUCAACAUACUGGCCACAAUUAUUCAAUUAUUUCAGGUGCCAUUAGAAGAAGAAGGGCAACGUGGUGGACCUAUUCUUGCUCCAGAGGAGAUCAAGACUAUUUUUGGGAGCAUCCCAGAUAUCUUUGAUGUACAUAUGAAGAUAAAGGAUGAUCUUGAAGACCUUAUUGUUAACUGGGAUGAGAGCAAAAGCAUUGGUGACAUCUUUCUUAAAUAUUCAAAAGAUUUGGUAAAAACCUACCCUCCAUUUGUAAACUUCUUUGAAAUGAGCAAGGAAACAAUUAUUAAAUGUGAAAAACAGAAGCCCAGAUUUCAUGCUUUUCUCAAGAUAAAUCAAGCUAAACCAGAGUGUGGACGGCAGAGCCUUGUGGAACUUCUCAUCCGGCCGGUGCAGCGGCUACCCAGCGUUGCUUUACUACUAAAUGAUCUCAAGAAGCAUACAGCUGAUGAAAACCCUGACAAAAGCACGUUAGAAAAAGCUAUUGGAUCACUGAAAGAAGUGAUGACACAUAUCAAUGAGGAUAAGAGAAAAACAGAAGCACAGAAGCAAAUUUUUGAUGUUGUUUAUGAAGUAGAUGGAUGCCCAGCUAAUCUGUUAUCUUCUCAUCGAAGCCUAGUACAAAGAGUGGAAACAGUUUCUCUAGGUGAGCACCCCUGUGACCGGGGAGAGCAAGUCACCCUCUUCCUCUUCAGUGACUGCCUCGAGAUAGCAAGAAAACGGCAUAAGGUUAUCGGUACUUUUAGAAGUCCUCAUGAUCGCACCCGACCUCCAGCUUCUCUUAAGCAUAUUCAUCUAAUGCCUCUUUCACAGAUAAAGAAGGUGCUGGACAUAAGAGAGACAGAAGAUUGUCAUAAUGCUUUUGCCUUGCUGGUGAGGCCACCAACAGAGCAGGCCAAUGUACUGCUCAGCUUCCAGAUGACUUCAGAGGAGCUUCCAAAAGAAAACUGGCUGAAGAUGCUCUGUCGACAUGUUGCCAACACCAUUUGUAAAGCAGAUGCUGAGAAUCUUAUGUAUGUGGCUGAUCCAGAAUCUUUUGAAGUAACUACAAAAGAUAUGGAUAGUACAUUGAGUCGAGCAUCUAGAGCAAUAAAAAAGACUUCAAAAAAGGUUACAAGAGCAUUCUCUUUUUCCAAAACUCCCAAGAGAGCCCUGCGGAUGGCUCUUUCAUCAUCCCACAGCUCAGAGGGAAGGAGUCCUCCCAGCAGUGGCAAACUGGCUGUGAGCCGUCUGUCUAGCACGUCAUCCUUAGCAGGCAUUCCAUCUCCCUCCCUUGUCAGCUUGCCUUCUUUCUUUGAACGAAGAAGUCAUACAUUAAGUAGAUCUACAACUCACUUGAUAUGAAACUUAACCCAUGGGACUUCAUCCUUCCAAAAGAUGCUGACAUAAAUGGUACUUCUAAUUAGCACUUGGUGAAAGUCGUAAAGAAGAUAAGUAACACUAACCAAUGCCGUUUUAUGUUCUUGAAAACCUACUUUUACUUCUUACAUUUUUCAAGAUAAUCCAUUUAAAAAAAUAUAUUGAGUUUUGAUGUAAUUUAUCUCUGUUUGACGCUCACUUCUGAAAACCAGUAACUUAAGUUAUUCAUGAUAAUUAGUAGCUUUGUAACCUGAUACAGUAAACUUAUUGGUGGGUGUAAAAUACUAUUGUCUAUUUGUAUAGUAUCUUGAAUGAAUUUUUGAAAGUACAUAUUUGUGUAUCUCAAUUUGUGUAGAGACUAAGUGGUAAUGCAAUACUUACUGAAUAAAAACCUCUGACUAAAUUCUAGAGCCUUAAUCACAUGUAUUGUUUGUGCUUCACUGCUCUUUUGCAGUUUAUUUUCUUUUAAAAUAAAAGAUUUAGCACAUGAAUUUUAAAAGAUACACCCGUAUUAACCGUAUAAUUAAGAUUGUUUGAAAAUAUUUUUUGCAAAUUGAGAUAAGGACAGAAAGAUUAGAAAACAUUUAUAUGCUACAAAGACAGAUAUUAGUAUGUACUUUUAAUUGUUUCAGAGACUUUACUUUUAUUUUUUUUUGUUCUGGCUACUAUCAAAUCUUGCUUUAGUUUUGACUACUGUGUUGAAUUUUAUUUCAAAGGAGAAGACCAUGGGAAAACUGUUAAGAAUUGCUUCUGUUCUCCCUACAGUCCUUCUGAAGUUGCCUUCAGUCUUGCUGAUCUGCUGUGAAAUGCAUAGAUAUUAUGUGUGGUCAACUUUUUUUGUGGUCAUAUCGUUAAAAAUAAGAUUGGAAAUUUAUUGUCAAAUACUUUGUAAAUCUGCCAUUAUCUUUUAGUAUAGUAUUUCUUAGAGUCAGUAAUACUGAAUGAUCAGGUUCCUGUGGCCAAGUCUAUUAUUAUUUCCUGCUUGUUCGGGGGUGUGUAAGUCUCCUUGUGACUUAAUUUUCAACCGUGUGCUUUAAUAGUUGAGUUGACAUGGAUUUUUUCUACGCCAUGUAUGUCACUUCACAGGUUAGCAUACGACACUGUUUUGCUAUAUUUUAAAAGCAGUUAUUAGCAAGAACUUGUAAAUAAAUAGCUUAAAACACAAUUA